UUCACAUUUACAUUGUCUCAGACGGCGGAAGACUCAGGACUCUCCUUAAAGCCUAUCAGGCUCACGGCUUCCACCGCCACGAUUCUGAUAAAGCCGGGUAAAGGUGAAAAUGGGGAAAGAAAGGAGCAGUAACACUAACACUCUAGCUUCACAGCCAAAACCCGCGGUAAUCUUGCCAAAGACGGUGGAACAAGCGAAUCCAACCUACCUGGAGAGUGGAUACUUCCACGAUUUACUGUUUCUGGCUAACCAAGCAUCAGCCGACUUUUACCGGCAAGUGGUGGUGGCGCCAGAGGAGUCUUUGACGGGAAGAGUUGAAAAACAUGCAUGGAAACAGCGAGAAGCUGGUGGUAAACAGCGAGAUGCAAUUGCUAUAUAUAUAUGUCAAUUUGAAGUAAAAGAUAUUUGGGAUGAAAUGCAGGGAAACAGCGAGAAGCUGGUGGUAAACAGCGAGAUGCAAUUGCUAUAUAUAUAUGUCAAUUUGAAGUAAAAGAUAUUUGGGAUGAAAUUGCAGGGAAACAGCGAGAAGCUGGUGGUAAAGAAAGUUGUUUUGGGUUACCUAAAUAUCUGUGGAGGGAGAGAGAGUUGUUGGUGCGACAAGAAGCACUAGUUGAAGAAGCUAAACAUUCUUCUAAUGGUUGUCGAGAGGACAGACGGUUUGGGAAGAAGUAUGUCCGCCGCAAGAAAACUCGACCUCGUACGUCCAGAGGGGUAAGGAGACAUGUUCAAUGGAGAAAUAAAAGGAAGAGAAACUGCAUGACGUUUGAAGAUACACAGCGCAACCGCAAGAUCCUUCUCCUCGCUGUUGAAGCAAUUACACAUCAAUUGGGUCUCUUAGACGUUAGCAUGGAGGAAGAGAAGAGCUCUUCUUAAGUAGUCCUCUUUGUUUCAUAUUACUAUAUCCUUGUUAAGAAUGAUGUAAAAGACAAGAAAGUCUUUACUUUAAAUAUAUGAUCUUUUGAAGUAAGAACAAAAUAA